AUGGAUUCCGAAAAUACGAGCCAAGUGCCCGAUGCCAGCUCACCAGUAACCGAGUCCAGUCAGCAACACCACCACCACCACCACCACCAACGACAGCCAAAAGAAGACGAGACCGUAAUAAGCCGUCAGCAGUCCAUUUACACUCUCACUCUCGACGAGUUCCAAAACACCAUCAACGAAAGCGGGAAGAAUUUCGGGUCCAUGAACAUGGACGAGUUCCUCAACAGCAUAUGGACCGCCGAGGAAAAUCAGGCCCAGGCCCAAGCCCAAGCCCAAUGCAGCUCUCAUACACAUCCCACCGGCAGCAACAUCAACCAGUACUCAGCCCAGUUCCCUGGUCGGGCCCCCAACCCGGGCCCGGGCCUUCCGAGGCAGGGCUCCUUCGCCAUUCCCGAGCCUCUUUACGGGAAAACUGUCGACGAGGUGUGGUCCCGAAUCCACAGAGCCAACGGUGCGGCUGCCGGCGAGAAUCCGGCGGCCAACAACCGGCAGCUGACGUUCGGGGAGAUGACGCUCGAGGACUUCUUGGUCCGGGCAGGGAUUGUGCGGGCCCAGGCCCAGCACGCUUAUGAUGGGGUGGCGACGGCGGCGGUGGCGGUGGGGCCCACCAACUACGCCGUGAGGGGGCCCAUGGCGGCGGCGUGUAGUUAUGGGCCGGUGGGGGUCGGGUCGCCGGCCAGCCCGGUCGCGACGGGCGGGCCGUGCGGGGUGGAGGGGAGGAGGCGGGCCGGUGAUAGGCCUGUGGAGAAGGUUUUGGAGAGGAGGCAACGGAGGAUGAUCAAGAAUCGAGAAUCGGCCGCACGCUCUAGGGCGAGGAAGCAGGCGUAUACGGUGGAGCUGGAAGCGGAACUGAAUCAGCUUAGAGAAGAGAACGCGAGCCUAAGACGAGCUUUGGUGAACAUGGAGAUAUACUUUGAUAUGUCAAUCAAUGAUGAAAGCGAAAGGAAACACAAGCGAAAGAGUGAAGAGGCCAGCGAGGAAAAAGAAAGACAGGUCAAAACUAAGGCUCGGAAAGUCGAUGAGAAAUUACGGGACUUGCAGAGGAGCUCGAGCUUUUAGUGCUAUACGAAAUUGCAAUUUGCAGCAUUCAUAUAGAAACUGUUGGGAGGAGUUUGAGAAGUUUUUCAUCUUUAAUCGAGGCCGUUCGUGGCUUAAUCGACGUCGAUGGAUCGCGAAUAAUUUGGAGGAUUGUGAAACAGUGCAACUAUUUAUUGAGAGUGUUGGUUGGGCCUUGCUUGUGGAUAGAGGCUGCUUGAUAAUAAUAGAAAGUAC